UUAAUUAUUUAUUUUUAAAAAAUGAUAUAGAUGAACUUAACUGAUAACGUUAUCAAUUUAGGAAUUUUCCAGACCACUUUUUUUCUCUUUAAGAUUUCUACUUCUCAUUAAGACUUGCGUCUGGUCGCGUUCUGUUGGUCUACGGUUUCCUAUCUUUAAUUUUACAACAACCCGAAGACGACAGCAUUUUAGCUCAGACUUGUGUUCACUUCUGGUGCGCCGAUCCCGUUUAAGAUCCCGCUUUUCAAAUGACUGUUAAAUGUUUGAUAUGCCAUCAGAAUUUGUUACAAAAACCGAAGUAGAGUUAUCUACAAACAAGCACAUAGCCAAUCGACAACAUUUUGCUACUCUCAAGUCCAUGGAAGUCUUUCUUAAUCAUAAAUUGUAUAACAUCAUUAGAACUAAAAAUUCCUUGGAAAUACUACUGCACCAAAACUUACCUGGUAAAAAAACUAGUCAAUACUUCAACAUACCCAUUCUACAAAACAGAUGGAAACGAAAAAUGGCAUUGAAAGCAUACCACUGCCAAAUGAAUCGUCACUGAUCAAACCCAAAGACAUAGAAAACACAGCGUUAGUUGAAAACCAUGAUUCAUUUUUAUCAGAUUGUCUUCCAAAUAAUGUUUUACAUGAUUUCAUACAUACUCUUAGACAACGAGCAAAAAGCCCAACUUUAAGAAGACCUAUUGUUUUAAACCCUUUGAGGACAUUCACAGACAUUAAUCUAACUAGAACAGGUCUUCGUAAUGUGGAUCUUUAUGAAAUCAUUUCACAAAUUGGAGAGGGUUCUUAUGGUCAAGUGUACAAAGCCAAAGAAAAAAAAUCCGACACUUUUGUAGCUUUAAAAAAAGUAAGAUUAGAAAAUGAAUCGGAAGGUUUCCCUAUAACUGCAAUUAGAGAGAUAAAAAUUCUAAGGGAAUUAAAUCACAAAAAUGUCGUUACACUAAAAGAAGUAGUCACUGAUAAAGAAGACAUUUUAGAAUUCAAAAAAGGCGGAGGCUCCUUUUAUUUAGUCUUUGAGUAUAUGGAUCAUGAUUUAACCGGUUUAAUAGAAUCGGGUAUAGUAGAUUUCACAGUAAAGGACAACGCUAGUAUAAUGCGUCAAUUGUUAGAGGGGUUGAACUAUUGUCACAAACAAAACUUUAUACAUAGAGAUAUUAAAUGUAGUAAUAUACUACUCAAUAAUAAAGGCGAACUCAAAUUAGCUGAUUUAGGACUUGCUAGACUGUUUGAUAAUGAACAAGUUCGUUUGUAUACAAACAAAGUGGUUACACUGCGAUACAGACCACCCGAGUUACUGUUAGGUGAAGAAAAGUAUGGUCCUUCAGUAGACAUUUGGUCUUGUGGCUGUAUUUUAGGAGAAUUAUUUGUAAAGAAGAACAUGUUUCAUGGGAAAGAUGAAUUUGACCAGCUUGAAUUAAUAUCGCAACUCUGCGGCAGUCCUUGCCCUGCUAAUUGGCCAAAUGUUACCAAACUACCGUUAUGGCAAUUUAUUAGUCAAAAAAAAUUACAUAGCCGUAAACUUAGAUAUCAUUACUCGUUUAUUGGAAAUGAUGCUUUAGAACUAUUGGACAACAUGUUGACUUUAGACCCUAGUAAGCGUAUCACAGCGGAAGAAGCAUUGAAAUGUUCUUGGUUGACAAAUGUUGAUAGCAAGACUUGUAUAACAUUACCAACUUGGCAAGAUUGUCAUGAAUUAUGGAGUAGAAAGCAUAAAGUUCGACCUACGUCUAAAAAUUCAUCUUCCAAAAUCAUGAAAAAAGAUAGAAAUAAAUCAGAGAACAAAACACGAACUUAAAUAUAAAACUUUGUAAUUUGACGAAUUUUAAUUAUUAUCAAUAUAGGGUUAACUUCCUAAAUUAAUACAUGUAUAAUUAUAAAAUAUUAUAUUGUUAGGAAAUUUGUUAAAAAGUAUUUUAUGUAUCUUGAAAAUUUGUUAUAACUGUUACAUUUGUAUAGGGUAAUCUAGAUUUAUUGAAAAAGAGAAUGUUAAUUUUUGUAUGAUUAUUAUUAUU